AUAGAGGCGUUGAUGGAUGAAAACACCUAAAACGACGCGAUCACGCGAUUGAUAUCAUUUGAUAUCAUUAAAAAACUGUCAAGCUGUUGACGCAUUCACUGUUCGACGAUAUAAAUUUUUUGGAUUGUUAAUUAUUGAUCUAAGUUAAAGCACUAACUAAAACUUUAUAAUGAAAAACAAGAAUCAAUUUUGCCCUCACAAAGAUAUUUUACACAGAGUGAAUUACUUAUAUCAAGCUAGUCGUCUGAUGGCGUUAAAAAAUCGAGUCGCGGCAUCCUAUUUCGGUAAAAAUUUGCUGGCUUGUAGCAACAAGGCACAAAUACGCAUGGAACCAAAUUUGAAGAGGACUAUGUGCAAAUAUUGUCGAAGUCCACUCAUACCUGGGGAGACGGCUAGAGUUAGAUUAGUAUCGAAACCUAUAAAGGGUAUCAAAUGGACAUGUUUGACUUGUAUGAUGUAUACUAAGAGAUAUCCUAUGAAAAAAGAAUACAAAUUAUGGAUUGAUCAGCCAGAAUCAGUUGCUGAGAUAUUAGAUUUUACACCGAAAUCAAAGAACGAAAAUAUUCAGAAACCUGGCUCAGCGAAUGUUGCUGAGAAAGUAAAAGAAUUAGGACAAACUAACUUAGAAGGACGAAUUAAAUUAGAAGAACAAACUAAAAAUCUUCCUAAAAAUUCUAAAGUUGAUCCUGUCUGAAAACUAACAAUUAAAAUAUAAAUAUAGGAAGCCAAGCACAGGUCCAAUUUAGGAACUAGCCCAAAAUCUGGUGUACGAAUAUUUUUUAUUAAUGACUUACAUAAAAUAUGUUACAAUAUUACAAUAAAUUUGUAAUUAAUAAAACAGA